AUGGAGGCGUGCUGCGGGCUGGGCCCCUUGAGGGCGACGGUGGGGUGCGUCAGCAAGGAGAUGGCGUGCGCCACGCCGGAGCGCCACGUGUGGUGGGACCUCUACAGCCCCACGGAGGCCGCCGACGCCCUCGUCGCCAACUGGUCCUGGACGUCGUCGUCGGACUCCGGCGCCGCCGCCGGCGCCACGAGCAUCUGCGGCCCCAUCUCUCUGCAGCAGCUGGCUGGCCGGUCGCCGCCGCCGGCGGAGGUGUAG